AUGUUCAAGGCACAGAGACUCGCUACCCGUUCUGCACGCCAGUUCUCGACAUCGACUGUUGCGCGCAGUGGACACUACCCCGAGGGACCGCGAACCAACAUCCCCUUCACGAUCUCCAAGAGCAAGCCUGUCUUUGCAACCAAGCUCGCCCUCUUCUUCGCAACUGGCUUCUCGAUCCCGUUCCUGUCUGCGUACUGGCAGCUCUCGAAGAAGGAUUAG